AUGGCUUCCUCGAAUACUACAUCUACAGCCGAGGCGUUUCUGACCGAAGCCGGGUUGAUCUGUGUUUAUCUUGUCAUAAGUCUGGUGCUUGCUCAAUCCCUUUGCGUCUUUGGCAUCUUCGCCAAUGUCAUCAACAUUCUACUGUUCAGAAAGAUUGGCUACAAAGAAGGGGUCAACGUGACUUUAACAGCGUUGGCCAUCAGCGACAUCGGCAACUUGGCCUACAAAUGGGGGUUAAUCAUCCUCAACAACCCUAUACUCUUUACAGGGGAUCACAAAAUUUUCGAUGUCUUCGUAUUGACGUUCGUUGGCUACCCCAGCAAUACAUUUAUUCGAGUCAGCACCAUGAUCACAGCCUUCGCAGCCUUAGAGAGAUGCCUUUGCGUGAUGUUUCCUUUAAAGGUCAAGUCGAUGAUCACACCUAAGGUGGCGCUCGUUGUGAAUAUAUUCAUUUUUCUGUUUCAUUCUCUCUACUUGUUUCCCAGGUACUACGUCAUUUACAUCGACUGGACGCACCCCCCGGGACGUAACGAGUCAGUACUAGCAGUUCUGUAUAAAAGCAACAAGGACAGCGUUAUACCAAUCGCUUCAUUCUUUACAGACAUGAUCUUACCCUACAGCACUUUCGCAGUCCUGGUGUUUAGCUCCACGGUCAUCUUAGUGAAACUGAAGUCAAUGUCCAAGUGGAGGCAGUCCGUGUCCAGCAGUAAAGAUCGAAAGUCCAGUUUGUCCAACAAAGACAAAAAGUCCGCUAAACUCUUCAUGACCGUCUCCUUCAUGUGCAUCUUGCUUCUGCUUCCAGACUCGCUCCUGUUUACCAUCGCAGGGGCCAUGGGGCUUCCUACACCAAACGGUGGCUACGGUGAAAAGGUUAAGUUGGCAGCAAAUUUAUUGUUAGUGCUACAUAUUAUUAACUCCAGCUGCACUGUAUUUAUAUACUACAAAAUGAGCAGCAAAUAUAGAUCAGAAUUCAAGAAGAUGUUAUCAGGAUGUUGGAAAUAA